AUGCCGACGCAGCAGGCAGAGUUGACCCAGCUGAACGCACAGCUCAAGAAGGACCCCAAUGGCGAAGACUCUGUUGAGAGCCUCUUUGGUUCCGUGUUCGACACGCCCGAGAAGAAAUCCGCUGUGGAGAUGAUCUCUCUCAAGGAGAAGCUUUUCACGGAGGCCGCGAAGAAGCAGAGCAUGAGCGAGCAGCAGGAAGUCAAGAAAGAAGGAGGAGAGUGGUGGGAGAAGUACCAGAACGCCAAGGACAAGGGCCGCGAAGCGCAGCAGGCAGUCAAGAAAGCGUGGGCUGCAGAGAAGCUUCAGGUUGAGAGGACAAAGUACACGAAGUCGCAGACGCAUCGCCAGGUGGACACGAAGAAGGGCACCUACUUUUCCUUUGCCCGCAUCGUGGUGGAGGAGGGCGGCUACUGGGACCCCAGCAACAUCACGGCCGCCGAACACUAUUGCAAUUGCUGUCUGACCAUGGGUGGGCCAUGGGUGCGCUGGUCGGGGAUGCGGAAUCGACUCCAAUUCCUGUACUUCGAGGAGGGCCAGCAGGAGGAGAUGGAGCGCUGCUGGAGCAUCUACUCGGACAUGGAGGCCAGCGCCGCGGCUAAGAGGCAAGCAGAUGGAGAACACCAAGCUCAGCCCGUGGAGAAACGCGUCAAGAAGGAAGACCAGAGCGACGCAGAGGCGGAGGCGCAUGGCAUGGAUCUUGCUCCACCUGAGCGCAGGAAGAAAGAUGAAAGGAAACGCCUGCAGCUCGCGGAGACGGAGGCCAAGAAGGUCGUAUCCACCUACAACGCCACGAUGUGUGGCUUGACCACCCUCGAGAGCGCGUCGCAGACCAUGGCCGACUGGGCUUGGUUCAAGGAGUCGCCGCAAUUUCAGGAGCAGCUCAAGUCCAAGAUGAAGGCCUGCAGCGACGCGAUGCCUAGCUUGAUGGUCCGCAUGCAGACGGAGAACAUGGCCGCCAUCAAGAAGAACUACACCAACGAGGAUAUGAUCAUCGCGGCAGAUGAGAUUCAGAGGCAGGAGUAUGCAGGCAAGCUGAUAUCGCACAUCACGGACAUGUAUAUGACAGGGGCCAGGAUGACUGCCAAAGCAUUCACAGAACUCGCGUACUACGGUCAUCGAGCUGGAGUGCCAGAGCUCCAGCAAUUCGAAGUAGCCCCGUCGCCCGUAUGCAGCGGGAAUUUCCAGAAGAAGUUAGAUAGAGCUCUCGAGUUAGGCAAAUACGAUUCGGACAUGUAUUUCAUGAAUAUCCCAGGCAAGUCCCGUCGCGAUGUUUGUCGAACCUCGAAGCAGAUCAGCAUCCAGCUGCCGCAUGAGAUCAUAUUCAAUGAAAUCAAGAAGAACCCCGAGAUCCUGGCGUUCGAUCCAGAAUUCUACGGGGUUGUCGUUGACAUCAAGGCUGAUUGGCCAGAGAUGGCGACUGGCUGCGGCUUCCCCGCGCACUCUAGUGGUCAUGCGCCGUGCUUGCUCUGUUCAUGGGACUCCGAGCGUAUCUUGCAGCAUCGGCUGGGCGACCACCUCGAUCGGCAUCCUCCAGGGAACGCGUUGAGGUCCUGGGACGCAACGCUCAUUGGUCAUCCUCGAAAGGAGCGGUGCUACGGCGGGUGCAUCUUCAUCGUCGGGCGCGAGAAGGGCCCUGCCCCAGGCGGGGCGGUGGACGACAAGUCACAGCAUGCCAAGCUGGCGCUGGCGACGCCCACGAAGCUGUCUGCCGCGGUGCCGCGGACGUGGGCCGCGCUGGUGCGGGAGCCGCCGCCGGAGCCGUGCGACGCGCGGGCGCUGGCGCCGGCCUGCCCGGGCCUCAGGCUCGGCCGCGGCCCCUCGCCCAGGCUCGUCCACGAGUGCAGGAUCGCGACGGACACCGAGGACGGGAUCGAGUUCGGGAUGAUCCACGACCCGAUCGCCAACCUGGUCGUCGGCCUCCUGGGCGUCCUCCUGACGCUCCUCGCCGAGGGCAUCGGGGCCGAGGUCCUUCGCUGGCUACGGGAUGGGCGAGUCUGGCUGGUGUUCCUUGGCGCUCCGUGCGGGCGCUGGUCUCAGGCGCGCAGCACCGGGCGAGCAGGGGCGGAGGUCGACCGAGCGGGGUACGCCUGCGCUCGGUUCACCGUCAGGGUGCUCCGACUCUGCCGCCAGCUGGGGAUCCACGUGGCUCUGGAGAAUCCUCGGCGGAGCGGCCUGUGGGACUGGCCGCCCUUGGCAGCGGAGUUUCGGCGCAGCGGCUGCGCCCACUUCGACUUCGACAUGUGCGCAUUCGAUGCCGCCUGGCGGAAGCCAACCCGACUUUCCACCAACUUGCCCGGGGCCGACUCUCUCGAGCGCAGAUGCCCUGGCCAUCGACGACAUGUCAUCUUGGAGGGGAAGGUCGGAGGGGCGUCUGGACCUGCCAAGUGGCGGACCUCCUACGGGGGUGCGUACCCGCCGAAGCUCUGCCGGACCUUCGCGAGGGUGGCUGCUGGCGCUGCUCCUGCUGGCGCGUGGUGCCUCCGCGGCGAGGGGCAGACCUCUGACUGGUGGGAGAACUGGCUGCUGGACACCGCCGGGGCUGCGGGCGCCGUCGCAUCCGCGCCUACAAUCGCGCCCAUGACCCGCAAGCGGCGGCGCGCCAGCAGCGUGGUCGACUCGGCCCCCGGCUUCCUGCGACGGGCCACCGUCUCGGCCAGGGCCCGCAACGCCUACGCCAAGGCCUUCACGCUGGUGCAGCAGUUCGCGGCCGGGCGGGGGGCCUCACCGCAGACCAUGAAGGAGUGGGACGCCAUCCUCCACGACUACCUUGAGAUGGAGUUCUUGGAGGGUGCCUCGGCGGCUGUCGGUCGCGUCGCUCUCUACGGCACGGCCUGGUCUCUCGACUUCGUCACGCGCAACCCAUCAGUGCUGCCCCUCUCGAAGAAGGCCCUGAGAGGUUUCGCCAGCAUCCGCCCCGACACCAUGCGCGACCCGCCGCCGCUGGAGGCGAUAUGGUGCCUGGUGGGGCGGCUGCUGCUGGCCAACACCGUGGACUGCGACCUCGCCUCGGCCUUUUGCCUCCUUGCCUUCGACGCCAACCUCAGGCCUUCGGAGGCCCUCGAGUUGACUGCCGCGCAGGUUAUCCCGCCGAAGCGCGGCACGGCCAACCGCUCGUGGGCUCUCGUCGUGGCGCCAGAAGGAGGCAAACCUGCCAAGAAUAAGCAGUUCGACCAGGGGGUGAAGAUCGGAGCCUUUGGGCGAUCGUUCGCAGUCGACGUGCUCCAGAAGAUGCCCCACCGUGCGCUGCCAGGCACCCUGCUGUUUCGGCACCUCACGCUCGCCAAGCUCGAGGCCAUCUUCAGGAAGUAUGGUGAUGUCGACGGCGUCAAGAUCACACCACACUGCCUGCGUCACGCAGGCCCCUCCCACGACAUGCACUACAACGGCGCCUCGCUCGACUUCGUCAUGAUGCGAGGCCGCUGGUCGGUGGUCAACUCCGCGCGCAGGUACGGCAUGCCGGCCAAGCUCCUGCGCCAGCUGGCCAACUGGAGCGCUCGGCGGUCCUCGAGGCGCCGAGCCGCGCCGCCCGACGCCCGCGACCGGCAGGAGCUGGAGCUGGGCGGCCCGGGCCUCUCGCACGGCCGCGCCGCGGCCAGCGGCGCCCGGGCGCAGGUGCCCAGGAGGAUCGAGCAGUUGGGCCUAGAGCUGCGUCAGCUGCGGGACGACAACUUCCAGAUCCGGGAGGAGCAGCUGCGCCUCCAAACCGAGCUGCGCGAGUCGGCGCGCCGCAGGCAGCAGCGGAAAGGCGGCGGAAGGCCGAGCCCCGCCGCCGGGCACGAGGCCGCCGCGGCGGCCUCGGCCGGCGCCGACGUGGACAAGGAGCAACAGCUGGCCUACAUGCAGCAGCUCGUGCGCGCCCUGCAGGCCGAGAACGCCAGCCGGGAGCAAGCGCUGCUUGGUGGUGGCCAAGAUGCGCACGACCAGGGCGCGGAGGGCGUCACCACGGAGGAGUACCUGCGGCUGCGGGCGCGGCUGGCGAGCCUGCAGCAGGCGCACCUGUCACAGCUGCGGGCCAGCAGGCAACUCGGCAGCCCCUUUUGGCAUUGCUCGGCUCUCACUUCUGCCGCUGCUUCUACGUGCGCGACACCGGUCUCAGCCGCGGGCAGGACUUGCUUUGCCUUCCCCGCUGGAGUCGCGGAGGCCUCCUUCGCGAGGGGCGGCGGCGCGUCGGUUGCCAGCUCCGCAGCGGUGUCGGGCGUCGUGACGCCGGUGUCCGUCCUGUCGGCGCACGUGCGCCCGGGCAGAGGCGACGACAUCGAGUCGCUGCAGGAGAUGUUGCAAGCUCUGACGACGGAGCAGGAGUCGCUCCGGAAUAAGGUUCGGAAACUUGCGCACAAGGCCUGA